AUGGCAACGGACAGCACGUCUUCUCCCCAGGGUCUCGGUGCCUUGACCACAACGCGCAACGAUACUAACCUCAGUCGACGCGAACGAAAGAGGGCUAGCGAUCGCAUGUCACAGCAGGCAUCUCGCGCAAAGACCAAAGCAUACAUUGCCCAUCUCGAGAGGAGCGUCGCAAGGCUGACAGAAGCCCAAAACAAUUCUGGUUUGAACGUUUCCGAACAAUUAAGACAGCAGUUCGAUGAGAUCGCGGGCUUGAAACAAACUUUGUCUCAAAUCGCUAAGCUUGCAGCCAAUUCAAUCUCACAGCAGAAUUCUGGUGACAACUUGGAUGACAGCCCGUCGCGUCCUCCCGCCUCGAGUAACGACAAGGACUCCAGGCAUUUCCCGGAUACGUACAAUCCAGCCUGCCACCCCCAUCAAGAGUCACUCGACCGUCUAUAUCCAGCCCUCGAUCUCAACUGUGGCGACAAACAGCGCGACUAUUUCCAAGCGUUCAGCCAAGCGCUGGAUACCAUCGAGAGCGAGGCGAGAGGACACGUUUUCUCGGGCCCCGAGAUCGACGACGACAUCAACAUCAGGGCGGUGCUGGAUGGUUGGGAUGCUGCGAGAGCAAGGAAUCCAUUCGAUAUUGGCUGGCUGAUGUUGCAGACUCUCGAUGAGGGGUUUCUAUGGCGCAGCGGGGCAGUGGAAAGGAUGGCGACGCUACGGGUGAUCCGGUCAAUGCUCAUGGUCAAACUCAACCCACAACUUCCACCGAGCAGGAGACCCCCUGUUUACAUGAAUCCAAGGCCCGAAGUGCGUGAUUACUUGAUUCUUUUUGGCAUCAAUUACGCGCCGGAGAGUCUCGCGGCUCAGUUCGCUAGCGACAUUGGGUUUAGAUGGCCAUACGACCUAAGAGAUACCUGCAGGUAUCAGCCCGCGAAGGGGGUCUAUAGUUUCUCCGAGGAUUUCAAUCUAGCGUACAGGAACCUGGACUCGUGGUAUAUGAAGUCUGCUCUCGUAACGACCUACAUACCGCCUUUGCCCUCCAAUCUACUGUAUGCUGGCUCAGAUGAUGACCACUGGCUGAAACAAAUAUCGGGCGAGUCUCAACCAUCUCCUGACUCAUCGCUUCGUAACGAGGAAGAGGGAGAACAAGACUGGCUACUGUUGACAGCAAUGCUUGACGAUAUUCCUAAGUAG